AUGGGCACCUUCGACCUGUGGACGGACUACCUGGGUUUGGCACGCCUGGUGGGGGCUCUGCGUGGGAAAGAGGAGCCGGAGACCAGGGUGGACCCCCAGCCGGAACCGGUGCCAGGACCAGGGGGUCAGAGGCCCACCCCAGAAUCCUCAGCAGCUCCCGAGCGGCUGUGCUCCUUCUGCAAACACAACGGCGAGUCCCGUGCCAUCUACCAGUCGCAUGUGCUCAAGGACGAGGCGGGCCGGGUGCUGUGUCCCAUCCUUCGAGACUACGUGUGCCCCCAGUGCGGCGCCACCCGCGAGCACGCCCACACCCGCCGCUUCUGCCCGCUCACCGGCCAGGGCUACACCUCCGUCUACAGCUACACAACCCGCAACUCAGCCGGCAAGAGGCUGGCCCGGCCCGAGAAGGCGAGAGCGCAGGACUCAGGGCCACGCCGAGGAGCAGGAGCAGGAGCAGGAGCAGGAGGAGCCUGUGCAGGUCCGGGCCCCCCCCCCAGCACCUGCAUUUCUGACCAGCCCCCGGUGCUGCCAGGCCGCGGACCAGGGGGGCUCUGA